UCAUACAUUACCGGUGAUGUCUCACCACAUAUUUUGGUCAACACUAACCAAACACUGCUCGGAAAAACCAAUGGUUUAUAUUAUCGCGACAGCACAACCGUGACCGCUCACAAGCUAACCCGUUUGUUUAUCCUCUUCAGCACAUAUAGUAGAAUAAACGAAUUUAUAUUUAAUGAUAUUGACGGUGUUAUUUGGGUUUUUUAGCUAUUUAGUUACCCGGAAGGCCAGCGCUGUUAGGGGCGGAGCCUGACAUGAGAAAACACUCGGGCUGAGUUUAGCCUGCUUGCUAGCCGCCUGACGGCUUUAAUUCAGCACUCUUGUCAACAUUCAUGAUGGAACCUUCAUUUGGGAUUUCCGAAAGCCAGUGUAUAGCCACUGUUAGAGGACAUGAAAUCAGAAGCGGACAGAAAGAACCAAGACUCCUGUCCUUGUUAGAGUGUUCUGGGCAGUUCAAGUUGGAUAUCCUUUCAAAUCCUGAUGCAAUUGUAUUAAGCCCGGUGUCCCAGCUGUCCAUCCCCAUCAAUAACCAUUUUCGGAUCAUUCGAGAGGCAGAAGAAGCUCUUCUCAUUGACAUUGACUCUAUUAGCAAGACAGUACGAAUACGUCUGCGAGGUGAACGAACACCGGAGCUUCUGCUUGAGCUUCAGGAUGACGGGCAAACGCAGUCUUUUCUUGAGCAUGUGACGAAGGCCAAACAGCAAGCUGAGAGGAGUUCACUGCCCAGGAAGAUGGAGCCAGUUGUACCUGCUCCAGUUAAAGACUGUGUUCCAGUUCCACCUCAGAGAGGAACCUCCAAAUCCUUCUCAAACAACAUCAACAACAGCACUUUAGCAAAUCCCUCAAACACAGAUUCCACCCGCUCGCUUGCCACAGAUUUUGGCUUUGAAGAAAACUUUAACCACGUUUUAAAAGUGGAAGAGAAGAAGAACAAGCAGAAUCGUUUAGUUGCACAACGAGAGCCACCACCUCCACCAAUUCCCCCUCUUCCUCCUAGGAAAGGCACAAAUACAUCAUUGACAGGCCCAGCUACCAAAGAAAGGCCACCAUCUGUACAAAAUGCCACACCUGUCAGAAAUGAAUUUCAGUCUGUAGACCGAUCUGUUUCCUGGUCUGAAAGCCCGUCCAACUCCACCAUAAGACAGGCCAUGAUGAGCAGCCAUGCAGGGUCAAGAGAAGGUUUGCUCAAGUAUCGCCUCAGCAAGAAAGAGAAAGAAUAUGUGGACAUUAAGAACUUUAAGUUCUUCGUAGGCACGUGGAAUGUAAAUGGUCAGUCCCCUGACAGCAGUCUUGGGCCCUGGCUCAGUUCUGACCCAGACCCUCCUGACGUCUAUGCACUAGGAUUUCAGGAGCUGGACCUGAGCACAGAGGCGUUUUUCUAUAUGGACUCAUCCAAAGAACAGUUAUGGGUUGAUGCAGUAGAGAGAGGCCUCCAUCAAAAAGCCAGAUACAUUCAGGUUCGUAUUAUCCGCCUAGUGGGCAUGAUGUUGGUGGUGUAUAUCAAAAAGGAGCACAAAGAUCAAAUUCGAGAGAUCGCUUCUGAGUCUGUGGGAACUGGCCUCAUGAAUAAAAUGGGGAACAAGGGAGGAGUGGCAGUGCGCUUUGUGUUUCACAAUACCAGCUUCUGCUUCGUAAACUCUCACUUGGCAGCUCAUGUGGAUGACUUUGAGCGGCGAAACCAGGACUACAAAGACAUCUGUGCACGCAUGAGUUUCCACCUGCUGGAAUACCCGCCUGUCAGUAUAGUGAAACAUGAUGUGGUGAUUUGGCUUGGAGAUCUCAACUACAGGCUAUGCUUGCCUGAUGCUGGGGAGGUAAAAAGGCUUAUUGCUGAAAAAGAGCUACGGAGACUACAGGAAUAUGACCAGCUGAACCUCCAGAGAAAGACUAAACGUGUCUUCACCGAUUUCAUGGAAGGGGAGAUCAAUUUCAUCCCAACUUACAAAUAUGACGCUAAAUCAGAUCGGUGGGACUCAAGUGGGAAGUGUCGGAUUCCUGCUUGGUGCGACCGUAUCCUAUGGAGGGGAAGCAACGUGAAGCAGCUUCACUACCGCAGUCACAUGGAGCUGAAGACCAGUGACCACAAACCUGUCAGCUCUGUCUUUAGUAUCGGGGUGAAGAUGGUGAUUGAGCAACGCUACAAAAAGAUUUUCGAAGAGAUUGUGCGGGACAUGGACAGGAUGGAAAAUGACUUUCUGCCCUCUUUGUCCCUAACCCGACGGGAGUUCACCUUUGAGAAUGUGAAGUUCCGUCAGCUGCAGCGUCAGAGUUUUCUUAUCACUAAUGAUGGACAAGUUGCUUGCACCUUCGCCUUUAUUCCCAAACUCAAUGACUCCCAAUACUGUAAGCCCUGGUUACGUGCUGAGCCCUGUGAAGGGGUACUAGAUCCUAAUGAGAAAAUCGAGAUCUUCUUGGAGGUGUAUGUCAGUAAAGACUCAGUGACGCUUUUAAACUCUGGUGAAGACAACAUUGAGGACAUCCUGGUGCUUCAUCUGGACAGAGGGAAAGACUACUUCAUCACUGUCUCUGGAAACUACCUGCCCAGUUGUUUCGGCACAUCUCUGGAGACUCUGUGCCGCAUGAAGAAACCUAUCCGUGAGAUCCCCAUCACCAAACUCAUCGACCUGGGAGAGGAUAGCUGCAUGGAAAAGGAGAAAGCCCGGAUGACAUUCUUGUUGGACAGUGCUGGAACAGAAGAUAAACCUCUAAAGAUUCCCAAAGAGGUUUGGUUGCUUGUUAAUCACCUCUACACCAAGGCCUGCCAGCAGGAGGACCUUUUCCAGACCCCUGGCCUGCAAGACGAGCUACAAAGUAUUAUUGACUGCUUGGACACCAGCAUUCCUGAUUCCAUCCCUGGCUGUAAUCACUCGGUUGCUGAAGCUCUAUUGAUCUUCUUGGAGGCUCUUCCUGAACCCGUGUUGUGUUAUGAACUCUUUCAGCGCUGUCUCGAAUGCUCUCAUGACAGCCGCCUCUGCAAGCAGCUAAUAUCCCAGCUCCCACGAGCCCAUCGCAAUGUGUUCCGCUACCUGAUGGCCUUCUUGAGAGAAUUACUCAAACACUCUAUUGACAACAACCUAAACGCCAACCUCCUAGCUACUCUCUUCGCAAGCCUCCUCAUCCGACCGCCUCCCAACCUUGCUGGCAAACAGACGCAACAUGAUCGCCAGAAAGCCAACGACUUCAUCCUGGGUUUUCUGAUGGCAGGCGACGAAGACUGAGGAAGAAGACAACAGAACAAGGUGUCGUCUGAGGUGGUUCUGGAGCAAGCAAACAAACAAAACAAAACAAAACAAAACAAAACAAAAAAGAAACAAACAAUUGGGGUGUGUUUGUGGCUGGAAUUAUGAAAGGUUUUUGGGCCACACUACACAAACAUGUCUCAGUGAUGAAAGUUUGGCACUGUUGGAUAGUGCCUGUUUUGCACAGACACUGCCUGUAUGUUACGCUGUACUUCUGUUCCUGCUUUAGAGGAAUGGGUGUCAGCUUAUCUACGCCCCCUGAUUGUGUGGCUUUGGAAGCAUUAAUAAUUACACUUUAACCCUUACGAACCUCAUCCUUUUUUCAGUGUAGCAUCUGUAAUGCUACUUGAAACCCUACGUUUCUCUGGUUUUUAACUCUGGAUCAGAGUGCUGUAAUGCCAAAUCCGAAUAUUCCCGGCCAGAUUUGACUGAAGGCGUGUGAAUGUGACUCAUGGGGACUCAAAAAAAUGACUUUGUUACACUAAAGGAAAGCCAUGUUAUGGAGAUUGUAUUGACUGCUGCUGCCAGCUCAUCUUUCCGCCUGUCUCUCACUCUCUUCUCUUUCCUCCCCCAAAAAUGACCUUCACAAAGUGAGUGACUUUGACAAUCGACUAUCUUUCAGAGAGAAGGAGAGAAGUCUGGGAUAUGAUCUUUACUCAUUCAGUACUUUCUGAAUCAUGAUGAAUCAGCCGGGUUGUGUCUAUUUGUUAUUUAUGGAUUCCAGUCUCGUGCUCAUUUGUCCUCAGCAUUGGGCAUUUCGGGCAUCCCUCACGGUCUCUUCGUCGGUCUAUUGUGAUUGCACAAUCACACCCAUAAUUCUUCAGUCAUCUUCAAUAGUGACUAUUAGCAUUGGUUGUGGUUUAGAUCUGGACUUAAGGUCUUAUUCUUUUAUAGAUCUGCUCUGGAUCUUGUGCUUCUACAGAGACGUUAACAUUUUAAAUAAUGUGGUCUAUUAUCGUAUUGUCAUGUCCUGUAAAGAUGCAAGCGUGGUCUUUCUAUUUAUAUAUGUAUGUUGUGAGUUAUACUAACCCAGACCAGGAGGAUUUUGUGUACGUUUACAGUCUUUGUGUUCUUCGUUGGUGUUCUUUCAUGUUACAUAUACACUUUCUAUUUCAGUGUGGUAACAUACUGUCAUGUUUAUCUGUCUUGAACGCAUUGGGAUUCUGUCAAACAUGUUUGUGAAUAUGACUGAAACUCUGCAGGGUUUAACUCCUUGCACCAGUCAGGCUGGCUUUGUACUAGAGUGUGUAAAGAGGAAGUCUCCUCUGUUAUUAAUCAUCACCCCGAUGCUAAAAUAUUAUUGUAGCACAAACCACCAAAGCUGUUUCACCACAUACUCGUGUGACAUUGUUGCCCUUCUCCACUAGCAGCCUUUCCCUAGAAUCUCACAGGAAAUAUUUUUUGUGAGUCUUGCAACUUUGGAAAAAAAAAAGGAGUUGUAAGCAGUUUCUGGCCAACCAUGCUGUGUUUUGCCUUUCUUUAUUGUCAGACAAAAAGUGCAAAAUAGUAGCUUUAGAUGUGUAACGGCUUGUCACUGAAGCAGUACCCUUAAAGGAACACGCCACUCUUUUGGAAAAAGGUUCGUUUUCACAGGUCACCUAGAGUUUAACAGUUCAUUUUUACCUUUUUAAUCCAUUCAGCUGAUCUUGAUAAAUGCAGGAACAUUUUUAGCUUAGCUUAGCAUAAAUCAUUGAAUUGGAUUGGACCAUUAGCAUCUUGCUCAAAAAAGCCAAAAUUUCCUAAUUAUUGCUUGACUCUUCUGUAGUUCUAUCAUGUAAUAAGACUAUUUUCUAGGUCAUUAUGGCCAGGAAGUGUGCUGUCAUUCUGGUUUAAUAAUCAAGGGAUUUUGUUGCUGUACCAAGAUCUUGCACAUCGCUGUUACCUAACAGGACUAUUUUUCAGGGGAUGAUAAUAUCAUUGCACCUACUGCAGCCAUGGUACUACAGCAAAUUUCCUUGAUUUUUAAGCUGGGGUGCUAGUAUAGUUCCUAGCCAUAUUAACCUGGAAAAUAGCUACUUUUCAUUUUCCGUCAGUUUUAGUACACGAUGAAACUACAGUAGAGUCAAGCUUAAUAGGUAAAUAAUCAAAGCUCCUUUUUUGAGUAAGAUGCUAAUGGUCUAAUCCAAUUCAAUGAUUAAUGCUAAGCUAAGUUCAACGUGCUUAUGCUAGACUCGGAGAUCAGAUGAAUGGAUUAAAAAAUAGUAAAAUUAAACUGUUUAACUUUGUGGGAGUGGUAAAAUAAGCUAUUUCCAAAAAACAAAAAAGCUGAGUGUCUCUUUAGAGCCUACAUUGUGUUUUAUCUAUUCCUAAAAAGGUUUUAUUAGUAUCUUACAUAACCUAAAAGGUUCGCCUUAUGGUAAUAUCUUAAAACAUCGGUAUGUACCUUGAAGGUGCUACCUGAAACCUUUUACUGCCCCAGUGAAACUGCUAGAGUACUUUUGCACAAAUGCUAAGUAGUGACGUUCUGUGAAUGAUAUUGGCUGUGGCUGGAUGUCCUCUGAUGAUCCGCUUUUACAGAUCUCGCAUGUCUAAAUGACUUCACACCCUCUGCCAUGUUUAUAAGCAUAUGUCUGUGUCUUUAUGUUGGUGUCAUUUUUUUCUGCUUAAAGGGCCACCAUGGUGCUCUUCUUUCUUACUCAAACUUUAAAGGCCUGAACUAUUCACUCUUUUUAUUGCCAAUAAAUAAUGUUUCUGGGAGGGCCUCAUUGCUAAAGACUGAAUCAGAGGAACUGAUAUUCGGACUGAUAUUACAUAGUUUUCUAGAGUGCUGUAAUCACCACCCCGCCUGUUUGUUUGCCUUUGUGUCCUGUCUUUGUUUCUAUUUAGUUCUGGUACUUUGCAGCUGGGUACUUGCACAUACUUUGUUUUAUUUGUGGGAAGGGGUCGGGCAUCUAAUUUAUUCAGUCAAAUAAAAAGACAUUAUGACUAUGUAA